AGCAGAAUUAUAGGACAUGCUGAUUUAAAAGUAUAUGUACAGAACUCUAAUAAUGACGUCAAUCACUUCAGGGUAGAUUUAGAAAGGAAUGAUGUCAUCGGGCGUAUAAAAAGAUACAGUAUUUCUCUACCUUUAUGAUUUGUAUGACUCAUAUACUGGAAGGAAGGUUGAUUUGGGAGUAUUAAGUUUUAUAACUUUCGUCGACUUAAAAUACGUUUAUACGAAAGUAUUUCUUGAGUUCUCAACAACUUUCACGUAUACUUAAUAACAGUAUUUUCAGUUUUACCAGACAAGAUCAUUUUUAACGUUCAGCACUACAGAUAUGUUUAUUCAUUGUUCCAACGAUUCUGAACUUGAAGCUGAGAGCUCGCUGUCUGAUUCACAGCUUACAGGUCCAGCUGAUAUUUCUGAAGUUGAAGAACAAAAUAUGGUAACCACGUUGAACUUGUGUGGAUUAACAUCUGGAAUUCCAACUCAAACAACACACACUCCCACACCAACAACCUUGAAGAAUUUAGAAGAAUCAUUUCUGGAGCUACAGCCUGUAUCUCCAGCACUACUAGAGCAUCAAAAUCAGGCUGGUUUCAUACCUCCUGUAGUCAGUAUUUUGGAUACUUCUUAUCAACCAGUGACUAUUAAGCAAGAGCCAGAGUUUGUAGUAUCACGUCUGACAUCAUCUCCAGACAUCUUAUGCCCAACAAUUGUAAAAUACAAUGGAUCCAAAAGUACUGGUGGUCGAAAACCAAAUAAUGAUCAACUUCCCCCUGAAGAAGAGGAACGAAGAAAGCUACGUAGAGAACGAAAUAAACUUGCAGCAGCAAGAUGUCGUAAAAGAAGACUGGAUCACACUAACAGUUUGCUGAAGGAAACUGAAGGUCUGGAAGAGAAACGUCAAACACUUCAGAAUGAGAUCCAGCUACUGACAUUACAAAAAGAAGAGCUGCAGUUCCUGUUAGAUGCCCAUAAAGCAGCAUGUAAUCUUAAGAAAAAUAGUAACAAAAAUGUCAAACCACAUGAGCAUAAGCUCUUGGACAGUCACUCUAACCAUGUAUUUGAAUACAAUAAUCUAGAAGGCUUGAAGACCAAAAAUAUUCAGCGUCCUACAUCUCUUCCAAUUUCUUCACCCUUUACUAAUCCUGCUGGUAUCUCAAUAACAACCCCAUCUGGUGGUAUUCUGAAUCUUGAUUCUUGGUUAGAGUGUGGUACUGGCUUAACCCCAAUUUCUUCUGGCCUCACUCCAGUCAUUUCAUCCUGCUCAGAACAGCAAAGAAGCUCAAAAACAGAUUUGUCAAGUCCAGACACUUUGUGUUCUGUUAAACUUGUCUCCUUGUAAUACUUAAGUGGUAUAAAAUAGGUAGAAAUGCAUUUAAAACAAUUUUUUCAAAUGUUCAAAUAAGAUGCACAUGAUGAAUUUAGUCUGUGGCAUUUUUUUUUAUAGUGUAUAGAAGUAAGAAGGAACAAAUUACUUUUUAAGAAAGAAUGUGCUAUAUAUAUACAUAUAAUCUCUAAGCAAAUUUUAAAGUUAUGUAGACUUGUGUUAAAACAAAUGGGGAUUGUUUUGAUUUUCAUGCAUGCGAUUGUAUAUACAGUAUACAAAAAUAUAAUACAUUAAUUAAUUUUCAUGUGACAUUAUUAUUCACAAACAUCCCAUUCAAAGUGCAGCUUUUAAGAUUAUUCCAAAAAUAUUGUAAAUUAUUUAACUUAUGAACAGUUUGAAUAUUUCUCACAUUCCAUAAAUACAAGAGAAUAAUCAGUAAAAAAAACAAUACUUUCUUGACAUUUUAUGAUCAUUUUCAGUCAUAAUCAACAACUCAUCAUAAUUUUUAUUUAUUUCAUUUGUACAAAGUUGGAAAUAAACUCAACCAAACAUUAAAUAAUAAAAUUUAUGUGAUGAAUAAGUUACUUUGAAGCUCAAACAAUGGAUAUUUUCUGCUGGUUUCAACUUUAAUAUUUAUGUGUAUAGAAUGUACAAAUGAAUAAAACAGUUAUCCUAAAAUACUUAUAAAUUGUUAAAGCAACAUUAUUUUAAAUAGCAUUUGUGCUGUUAUUUUAUGCUGAUUUGUUUAAAUUUCAAUAGUUUCAAAUGAAAAAAGAAUUAGGUAUUUUUAAUGCUUGUUGGUAAUGCACAUAGUGUAAAAUUCAUAAUAUUUAAGAUGACUGAGAUCAACUGGUCACUUUCAUUGUUUAGAGCUGCAAAUUUUUACAAAUGGUUGUAUUAAAUUUGCACUUGCUCAAUGUUGUGUUUAUAGUAGUGGUGGGCAACAUUCAGCCCCUUAGGAGCCAACCUGUAGGCUCCUUGUAAAAAACAAAACGAAAACAACACAAUCGGUUUGCAAGAGUUAAUGUUAUCUAUAAGUAAUAUCAGCAGCCAUCAUUAAUGCUAAGAAAUGAAAACAAGUUUUAUUUUUAAUACCUUUAGUAGAGAGGGUUUUUGCAACUUUAAUAUAUUUCAUAUAUAUAGCUACUUUUUAUUAAAAGUGAUUAUUUUUGGCUUAAGACUGGUAAAGGGAUUUUUGCAGCCCUUUAGGAUAUUUGAAGACCACACUUGUGGCUCAUGGAAUAGCUAAGGUUGUCCACCACUCAUUUAUAAGAUUUUAAUUUUUCUUAUCACUUUCUAUGAAACAUUUUGAUUGAUUUAUUAAUUUAAAAAAGUUUAUUUAUGCUACUUCAUAAACUACUUCUUAAUUUAGGAAAUAAAAUAUUUCA